AUGAGUGAUCAAUUCGUCAAGUGCAAAAACAUAAACAGAAGGCUCCAAACUGAGUACCUGAUAAACAAUAUACUUGAUCAAGAUUUCCAAGCUAUGUUGUUUCCUCUAAACUUUGUACAGUCUUGUAUUUUGAUGCCUAGGUUCAGCAUCAUUAACAAUUUCAUCACUCCUGACAACCAUGUGUCCUUUUACAUAAAGUCGAUAAUCGGCUGUACUGUUGUUACGUCCAGCCACGUCUUUCGUUUUUUGUACUAUCACGAAGCUACUAGGACUUUUGGCACUGAAGUGGUUACUGUUUUGCUUUAUUUCGAUUUCAUAUUUUUUUCUUUAUUCUCAAUCUUUACCCAUGUCGUCAAUUCAUUCCAGAGAAGCUAUGUCGUUGAGCUUAUUAUCAAAUUGCAACAUGUGCUUGACUAUAUUAAGACUGACAAAAGAGAUUUUUUUUAUAAACUCAAGAUCCAAAAUUGGCUCAGUGUAUUGUUUGUUGUUAGUAUGUACCUUUUUCAUUGGAUUUCGGCUUGCUAUGAUAUAAGUAUUCAUGGUUUGCUGAUCAGUUUUUAUUUGACAGUACCAUUGAUAAUUUUUGACAUGCAACUAGUUCACGUUACUCGAUAUGUUGUAAUGAUAAAAAACGAGUUGAUCGCUUGGAUUCAUAAAAUGGAAGAAUUUAAGAGAAUACAUGAUAAACCUGAAGAAGAGGAACCUGAGGUUUCGGAAAGCGAUAUGUUUAAUGCAUAUACUGAUAUACUUAAAGCAUUUCGUUUAAGCAAUAAAGUGUAUCAGUUUUCGAUUACGAUCUUUGGGUUCCAAAUGUUUAUACAUAUUUUAAUUAAUUUGCAAUAUGUGCUAGAGCUUGAAAAAGUGAACCUCGGAGAAACCAUUUUUGAGAAUAACUGGAUCAGAAGUUCCAUCGUGCUCAGGAAUAUCAAGAAUUUCAUAUAUUUGGUAACAUUGAGCAUUGCCUGUGAAAAUUUCUAUAGAAAUAUAAAACUUGCUGAAAGUUCAUGUGCUCAGAUUUUAAGCAAUAAUGCAUCUACAGGCAUGCGCAAGACUUGCAAGAACGUGUUGCGGCUGAACCGCGCGUCGCUGCGCAAGAUGUCGGCGUUCGGCGUGUUUGAACUCAACGCAGCGUUUCCGCUGCGGCUGCUCGGCGUGCUCGUGACCUAUAGCGUGGUGCUGCUGCAGUUUGCUUUCUUGUCGUCAUAG